CCGCCGCGCUCGACGCCACGCCUCUCACGCUGGAGGCCCCGCCCGCCGCGCGCAGGCCCUGCCAUCCCUCCCGGCCCGGCGGAACGCGUCCCUUUUAAGGGGGCGAGGACCUGGGGGUCUGGGGCCAGCGCGCGGGAGGGACGCCUGAGUGCCUCGAGGGCGCCGUUCGGGCGGGGAGGGUCCCGCGGGUCCCACUGACCCACGCGGGGUGGGGCCAGGGGUGGACGCUCACCCGUACGCGGUCGCUACUGAUCAUGCUUGGGCCAGGAUCCAAUCGCAGGCGCCCCACGCAGGGGGAGCGAGGCCCAGGGUCCCCCGGAGAGCCCAUGGAGAAGUACCAGGUUUUGUACCAGCUGAAUCCUGGGGCCUUGGGGGUGAACCUGGUGGUGGAGGAAAUGGAAACCAAAGUCAAGCAUGUGAUAAAGCAGGUGGAAUGCAUGGAUGACCAUUACGCCAGUCAGGCCCUGGAGGAGCUGAUGCCACUGCUGAAGCUGCGGCACGCCCACAUCUCUGUGUACCAGGAGCUGUUCAUCACGUGGAAUGGGGAGAUCUCUUCUCUGUACCUCUGCCUGGUGAUGGAGUUCAAUGAGCUCAGCUUCCAGGAGGUCAUUGAGGAUAAGAGGAAGGCAAAGAAAAUCAUUGACUCUGAGUGGAUGCAGAAUGUGCUGGGCCAGGUGCUGGAUGCGCUGGAAUACCUGCACCAUUUGGACAUCAUCCACAGGAAUCUCAAACCCUCCAACAUCAUCCUCAUCAGCAGUGACCACUGCAAACUGCAGGACCUGAGCUCCAACGUGCUAAUGACAGACAAAGCCAAAUGGAAUAUUCGUGCGGAGGAAGACCCCUUUCGUAAGUCCUGGAUGGCCCCUGAAGCCCUCAACUUCUCCUUCAGCCAGAAAUCAGACAUCUGGUCCCUGGGCUGCAUCAUUCUGGACAUGACCAGCUGCUCCUUCAUGGAUGGCACAGAAGCCAUGCAUCUGCGGAAGUCCCUCCGCCAGAGCCCAGGCAGCCUGAAGGCCAUCCUGAAGACAAUGGAGGAGAAGCAGGUCCCGGAUGUGGAAACCUUCGGGAAUCUUCUGCCCUUGAUGCUCCAGAUCGACCCCUCGGAUCGAAUAACGAUAAAGGACGUAGUGCACAUCACCUUCGUGAGAGGCUCCUUCAAGUCCUCGUGCGUCUCUCUGACCCUGCACCGGCAGAUGGUGCCUGCGUCCAUCACCGACAUGCUGUUAGAAGGCAACGUGGCCAGCAUUUUAGAGGUCAUGCAGAAAUUCUCUGGCUGGCCCGAAGUCCAGCUCAGGGCCAUGAAGAGGCUUCUGAAAAUGCCUGCAGAUCAGCUAGGUCUGCCGUGGCCCCCGGAGCUGGUGGAGGUGGUGGUCACGACCAUGCAGCUACAUGACAGGGUCCUCGAUGUCCAGCUGUGUGCCUGCUCCCUGCUGCUGCACCUCCUGGGCCAAGCACUGGUGCACCACCCAGAAGCCAAGACUCCCUGCAACCAAGCCAUCACCUCCACCCUGCUGAGUGCUCUUCAGAGCCACCCCGAGGAGGAGCCACUUCUUGUCAUGGUCUACAGCCUGCUAGCCAUCACCACAACCCAGGAGUCAGAGUCACUGUCAGACGAGCUGCAGAACGCCGGGCUGCUGGAGCACAUCCUGGAGCACCUUAACAGCUCCCUCGAAAGCAGGGACGUCUGCGCCAGCGGCCUGGGCCUGCUCUGGGCCCUCCUGCUGGACGGUAUCAUUGUGAACAAGGCCCCCUUGGAGAAGGUCCCGGACCUCAUCAGCCAGGUGUUGGCCACCUACCCUGCGGAUGGGGAAAUGGCAGAAGCCAGCUGUGGAGUCUUCUGGCUGCUGUCCCUGCUGGGCUGCAUCAAGGAGCAGCAGUUUGAACAAGUGGUGGCGCUGCUCCUGCAAAGCAUCCGGCUGUGCCAGGACAGAGCCCUGCUGGUGAACAAUGCCUACCGGGGACUGGCCAGCCUGGUGAGGGUGUCAGAGCUGGCGGCCUUCAAGGUGGUGGUGCAGGAGGAGGGCGGCAGUGGCCUCAGCCUCAUCAAGGAGACCUACCAGCUCCACAGGGACGACCCGGAGGUGGUGGAGAACAUGGGCAUGCUGCUGGUCCACCUGGCUUCCUAUGAGGAGAUCCUGCCGGAGCUGGUGUCCAGUAGUAUGAAGGCCCUGCUCCAGGAGAUCAAGGAGCGCUUUACCUCCAGCCUGGUGAGUGACAGCAGCGCCUUCAGCAAACCAGGCCUCCCUCCAGGUGGAAGCCCCCAGCUGGGGUGCACCACGUCUAGGGGACUGGAAUAGAUGUUUGUAUGGAACUGACCUUGAUCUCCACAUGUAUAGUUUUCAAGACUGCUCUCCUGCCUGCCUAUUAUCCCGUCUCUAUGACUGGGCCAAAAUCAAUCUUAAACGGGAGGGGUAAUCAGACCUCUCCAAAGAGUUUCCUGUCCAUGACUGCUGGAUUGAGUCACAUGAGUAACUGCUCCUGGACCCGGGGACUGUCCACGAAAACUGACUUGCCUGCUUCCUCCUUCCAGGAACUGGUUUCUUACGCGGAAAAAGUGCUCUUGAGGCUGGAGGCAGCCACCUCUCCCAGCCCCCCGGAUGGGGAAGCAGCUCAGCCCUGAUGCGGGGGACAAGACAGAUACCCCACAGGCCCCUCCUCCACGUGU